UGCUAACUGAACGGUUGGAAUAUCAAGAGUAUCUAUAAAAUGGAAAGCCAAAUUACUGAAUUCAACGCAGACGAGCUUCAGGCGCCAGCAUGGCUGAAUGCGCAGUUUAUCGCGGAAAUUUUGAGUGCCUACGAGAAGGUAGAUCUUAACGUAACCGAUCUGCAGAUCUCCCCUGCGACUGCCCAAGGAGAUCACUAUGCCAGCGUUAUGUUCCGCACCAAAGUGGAGUACACCACCGCCAAGGGAAAGUUCUCCAAGCCGCUGAUCAUCAAGACGAUGCCGGAGGAGGAGGGUCACAAGAAGGACAUGCUGGCCGAAUCGCAUCUGUUCGAAACGGAAAUCGGAACGUACUGCCAUGCACUGCCAGAGUUCGAAAGAAUUCUCCAGGAGGCUGGCGAUUAUACCAAGCUGUUCGUGCCCUGCAUUUAUCACAGCCUGAAGCCGCGUCAGGUGAUGAUCUUCGAGGAUCUGGUGCCCCAGGGAUACACCGUCAUUCGGAAUAGUCCUCCCUCGGAGGGGGAUUCGAAAUUAGUCUUCGCCAAACUAGCCAAAUGGCAUGCAGUCAGCAUGAAAGUCAUUAAUGAGCAACCUACUUUCUUGAAGGAGUUCAAGUAUGGCUUCUUUGAAAUGCCCACUUUCAAUACUGAUCCCUUUAUAACAACUGGCAUGUCAGACUUUAUUAAAAUGCUGGACAAAACCCCAGAGCUGAAAAAGUAUAAGCCUCAUUUCGACAAGAUAAAAGAUAAUUACCUGGACAGACUGAAAGUUGAGAUGCACGAGUAUCACAAAUAUCGGCGGAAUGAUCGAAACUAUGUCCUGUGCCACGGAGACUUUCAUCUUCGCAAUAUGAUGUUUAGGCACAACAAGAAGUUGGGAGCCUACGAUGAUGUCAUGCUAGUCGAUUUCCAGUUCUGCAAUCUUGUUCCCAUCACAAUUGAUCUAACAUACUCCAUUUACAUGUUGAUGGAGCCGGAACAGCGUUGGGAUAUGGGAAAGGACCUAAUCAACUACUAUUUCUCUGUUUUGCUCGAGACUCUUAGGAAAAUUGGAUACAAGGGGGAUAUGCCAACGGAAACUGGUUUGUGGGAUCAAAUACACAACAACAAAUACUUUGAUUUAUUUUUGAUUAGCACAUUGCUUCCACUGAUGAUGGGUGUUAAGUCAAAUACUCUUAAAAUGCACGAAGCACUACAAAAUGCAGAGGUUCGGGCGAAGUCCUACUUUUAUGAAGGCUAUGUGAAAGAUGUCACUAAGCUCCUGCCCAAAUUUGAAAAAUUGGGUUACUUCAAUGAUCUAUAGUUUAUAAAUUUAAAAUAUGGCUGAAACGGUAUCUGAACAGUAAAAUACUAACAUUACGAUUAUAAAUUUGUAAUAAAGAAUUGUUUGAACUGCAAAUCAA